CUUUUGGGCCAAAAGGUACAACAUUAUACUUUGGGCUUAAUGGGUUUAGAAUUAUUUUUAUUGGCCCAAGCCACCAUCAGUAUACAGACUGAUUAUCAAUUUAUCUCUACUCUUUCGUCUAUAAAUUUCAUUGAAAUCAAAUUAGUACUCAAUUUUUUUCUGUUGAAAUCGCGGAACAAAAUUCAUCGUAAAUCUGUAGUUACAAUGGCGGACGAAGCCGAUAUCUACGACGGAGUCAGAUCUCAGUUUCCGUUGAGCUUUGGUAAGCAAUCGAAAUCACAAUCGCCGCUUGAACUCAUACACAACGCCACCCGCCGGACCACCAGUUCCGCCGCCGCAUCGACAACCGUCGGCUCCGCCGAUGAUAAACCAUCCGCGUCCGAAGGAGCAAACAGCCUCCCUCCCGUAUCCAGCUCCUCCAAGGACUGGGCGGACGCUUUCAGAAAACCUAACCCUAAAAAUUCGAAGAGGAACGAGAAUGGGGAUAAAUUGUUGAUGGGGCCACCCCGGCCACCAGCAGGCCUGGACAAGGGUGAUCGGAUUAUGAUUGGGCCGCCCAGACCGCCGCCUCCCGCUGGUGGUGCAGACGAUGAGGAGGAGGAGGAUGAGCCUGUAGUUGGGCCGCCUAGGCCACCUAUUGGUGGCGAUGUUGAAGAUGGUGAUGACGAUGAUGAGCCAGUGAUUGGGCCGCCUAGGCCACCUCCAAGCAAUAUAGAGUCUGAUUCUGAGGAAGAUAUGGAUGAAGAAGAUGAGGAUUUUGGAUAUCGAAUUCCAGUGAGCAAUGAAAUUGUCUUGAAGGGCCCUACUAAGGUGGUUUCAGCUCUAGCUGUGGAUCAUUCAGGAUCUCGAGUACUCUCUGGCAGCUAUGACUAUACGGUACGAAUGUAUGAUUUUGGGGGUAUGAACGCCCGUCUGCAGUCCUUUAGACAGCUUGAACCCUCGGAAGGUCAUCAAGUUCGUGCCUUAAGUUGGAGUCCGACAUCGGAUCGUUUUUUGUGUGUGACUGGCUCAGCCCAGGCUAAGAUAUAUGACCGCGAUGGACUUACGUUGGGUGAGUUUGUCAAGGGGGACAUGUAUAUUAGGGACCUUAAGAAUACUAAAGGCCACAUCACCGGAUUGACUUAUGGAGAAUGGCACCCUAGGGCGAAAGAGACAAUCUUAACAUCAUCUGAGGAUGGUUCUUUACGAAUAUGGGAUGUAAACGACUUCAAAAGUCAAAAGCAGGUUAUUAAACCCAAACUUUCUAGACAUGGAAGAGUUCCUGUGACCACAUGUACCUGGGACUGUGAUGGAAAACGAAUUGCAGGUGGUAUAGGGGAUGGCUCGAUACAGAUAUGGAACGUCAAAGCUGGAUGGGGAAGCAGGCCAGACAUACAUGUUGGAAAUGGACACACGGACGAUAUUACAGCGCUUAAGUUUUCCAGUGAUGGAUUAAUACUUUUGUCAAGAAGCCUUGAUGGUUCACUCAAGGUUUGGGAUUUACGUCAAAUGAAGGAGGUUCUUCAUGUGUUUGAUGAUCUCCCCAAUAAUUAUCCUCAGACAAAUAUUUCAUUUAGCCCCGAUGAACAACUCUUCUUGACUGGAACAUCAGUUGAAAAGAACAGCAAAACAGGGGGGCUGCUAUGUUUUUUCGACAGAGUGAAAAUGGAACUGAUUUCAAAAGUUGGAAUAUCUCCCACAUUUAGUGUAGUCCAAUGUACAUGGCAUCCGAAGCUAAAUCAGAUCUUCGCAACGGUAGGUGACAGACAUGAAGGUGGGACCCACAUACUAUACGACCCCACCAUCAGCGAGAAGGGAGCGCUAGCAUGUGUUGCACGUGCACCGAGGAAGCAGUCCGUCGACGAUUUCCAGGCAAACCCCGUUAUUCACAACCCUCACGCACUGCCUCUAUUCAGAGAUCAGCCGACUCGUAAACGACAGCGUGAGAAGAUAUUGAAGGACCCAAUUAAGUCGCACAAGCCCGAGCUACCCAUGACGGGGCCUGGUUUUGGUGGAAGAGUGGGGUCCACCAAGGGAAGUUUGCUGACACAAUAUCUCAUGAAGCAAGGUGGAUUGAUUAAGGAAACUUGGAUGGAUGAGGAUCCUAGAGAGGCUAUCUUGAAGUAUGCUGAUAUGGCGGCGAAGGAUCCGAAGUAUAUAGCACCAGCUUAUGCAGACACACAGCCUGAGACUGUGUUUGCUGACUCAGACUCGGAUGAAGAGAAGAAGUGAUCGAUCUCUUUCUCACGGUCAGCAAUUAAUCUUAAAUCUGUUUAAUCUAUGUUGAAUGAUUGUGAACCCAUCUGAAAAUGAGGUCCCUCUCCCCUUACUAAGUUUUUUUUUAAAUGUAAAAUACAAUUGUAAUUACAACUAGUUUAGACUUAUAACAUGUUGUAUACCAGCUUUUGCCAAUGAAUUUUCUUUUUCUU